AGAUCCUCGCAUUUUGCAAUGCUGUAGAGCAUCGUUUGCAAUAUCAGAAACAAACUUCUGAGCAGCUAAAGAGAUCAAACGAACCCUAAAAAAGAUUAAUCCAUCCUACUUUACUAGUUGCUGUAAAGAGGCAGUUUCGUUUGGUGACAUUGACCGAAGGACGACUGAUUAUCGACCAAAGAAAGCGUAUCUCUUUUACAAUUCGACACUGCCGGGUGUGAACAUAAGCCAUGAGGAAGACAGUUGUAUUUUUUUUUCUUUUUAUGUGCCACAUCACUCGUUUCAUCACAUGUAACCAACGAAAUAUUUUUGAAGCCGUACCAAACAAUUUCUUUAAAGACUGUUUGGUUGAAAUAAAUAAAUAUCGUAAAUACCAUGGAUCUCAUCCAUUACGUUGGAGUAAGGAUUUACAAUAUCACGCUCAACUUCGUGCCGAUCAACUAGCAAAAAAUGACGUUUUCACCAACGACAUCGAGUCUUUACAAAUACUUGGUCAGGGAGAAACUGUUUCCUAUCUAUUGCCUGCAAAGGAAAUAUGUCGUACAUACCCUCCAUCUGGAGAUUGCUAUGCAUGCCGAGAUACCAUUGCUUCUUGGUACAACGAAUCAAAUUAUUAUAACUAUGUUACUGGUUAUUCUCUAGAUGGUACAAAACCAGUCUUACAUUUUACCCAGCUUAUUUGGAAAGACACAGUAAAAGUUGGUAUUGCUGUAGGUACCAGUGCUCGUAAUGGUGUUAUAACAGUUGCUAGGUUUCAUCCACUGGGAAAUAUUGGAUUUAUUGAUGAUUAUGUCAGAAAUGUUGCCCCAAGAGGGAUUACAGGUAGUAAUGAUGGAUUUGAUGGAGAUAGAAGUCAAAGUGGACCAUCUUGUCGAAGGACGAGGAAACGGAAAGUUGUAAAAGACUGUUUCAAUAAAUAUGGAGAUGAACUUUGUAGUUUUUAUGCUUUUCUUCCUGAAUAUUGUGAAUACAACAAAGCAUUUAUGAAAGCAAGCUGUGAAAAAAGCUGUGGAUUUUGCAAUGUGGAAAUCAAAAGAGAACUAUUUUGGCUUGUUGGAGAAUGGUUGAAGUGUCAUGGAGGGUUUCGAAGACGCAUCGUAAAAUGUUUCAGCAAAGAAAAUGGCCAUGAUUAUCUUGUUCAAAAAUAUGUGUGUCGACAUAAACUUGGGUAUAAACCUUCGGAAUACAAAGACUGCCCUACGAAUUCUUAGAAAAACAGAAGAAUAUACAGGAAACGUGAUGAAAAUAUCCUAGAACUAGAGUCGAAAUUGCUAAAUCAAUCAAACCAUCAAUUCAUUUAUUGAGAUAACUGCGAUAUUAAUAACUUAAAAUGUUCAUUAAAAAAAUUAUGUUUAUGUUUAAUUAAAAAAUAUAUCCCUGUUUGCGCAUUUAAA